CUCGCUCCCGCAGCCACUCAUCACGGAAUCGCGCUGCCGCCAAUCAUUGCCACUCUCCGUCGCCGCCGCUCCCUGACCUUGGCCGCAUCUCGCCGCGGUGGCUGCUGGAGAGGCUGGAUCAGGGCCUCCUCGGCUCCGUCCUCACCGUCGUCCGGCUCCUUCUCCAGCUCGCCGGACUCGGGGGCCACAUAUAUAACGAGGCGGGAUCCGGCCAUCCGGGUCGUUCGGAGUCCGGAAGCCAGGCCCAGAGCGCCGGGUCCUCCUCGCCGCCGCGCCGAGGACCCGGGGCCGGCCGUUCACCGCGGCGCGUCCAGUCCGGCGGGUGGCAACCUAGGCUUCUGCGCGUUCUCUCCACAGGAACCGCCCAAGCGGUGCACCUCUCUCGGCAGCUCCGAUCCAGGUAGCUAGCCGGUAGAACAGAAAUGGCGGUUGUAGUAGGUGUUACCAUGGGGGUGAUGAAACCGCUCCUGUCCAAGCUUACCAAGCUGCUGGAAGAAGAGUACGUCAAGUUCAAGGGUGUUCGCAAGCAGAUCAAGUUCUUGAGAGAUGAGCUGAGCGCCAUGAGUGCCACGCUCGAGGAUCUCGCAGAUGCGGAUCCGGAGAAGCUCAACACUGAAGUGAGGCUCUGGAGGGACAAGCUACGGGAGCUGGCCUAUGAUUUGGAAGAUUGCAUCGAUGCCUUCAUGGCUCGUGUUGACCACGGGCAUGAUGGGGGUACGGUCUUCGAGAAAUACUUCCGCAAGCUGAAGAAACUGAUAGCACGCCAUGAUAUUGCCAAUCAGAUCCAAGAACUCAAGGCAUCCGUAAAGGAGGCCGCCGAGAGGCACAAGAGGUAUGAUUUUGCCCAAUUAAAACACAACUCUAGCACUUCUUUCGUUGAUCCCAGGCUGCCAGCACUUUAUGAGGAUAUUGAAAACCUUGUGGGCAUCGAUGUCCCCAAGAAGCAUAUCAUUGACAUGUUAUCCAUGGAGAUGGAUGGGCCAUCCAAAAAACUUAAGGUGGUCUCAAUCGCUGGCCGGGGAGGUCUUGGUAAGACUACUCUUGCAAAGCAAGUCUACGACACCAUCAAAGGCCAGUUCUCCUGUUCAGCUUUCGUGUCGGUUUCUCGAACUCCUGAUGUGAGGAAGAUUCUAAUACACAUUAGUACUGGAGUUGGGUUCACUGGUUACACACAGGAUGAUGGUGUGCAGCAGCUCAUUGAUAAACUCAGGAAUUACCUUAACUGUGAAAGGUACAUUGUUGUAAUUGAUGAUGUAUGGGACACAGAAGCUUGGGAAUUUAUCAAACUUGCAUUACCGGAUAAUGAUCUUGGGAGCAGAAUAAUCAGUACGACACGUAGUGUUACUGUUGCAAAAUGUUGCUCCUCUCAAAUUUAUGAAAUGAAGCCUCUUAGUUUUGAUGACUCCAAAAGGUUGUUUUUCAAAAGAGCAUUCGGUUCUGAGACUUCAUGUUAUCCUCACUUGGAAGACGUUCCGGAUAGAAUAUUAAGAAAAUGCGGUGGUCUACCAUUGGCAAUUGUUACUGUAUCUAGCAUGUUAACAAAUGAGCUUGCAAAAGCAGAAUGGGAUAGGGUACUGAGAGCUAUCGGUUCUGCACUUGCAAAGAAUCCGGGUGCAGAGAAGAUGACAACAAUAUUAUCUAUGAGUUACUUUGAUAUCCCUCGUCAUCUAAGAACUUGUUUGUUGUACUUGAGUGUGUUCCCAGAAGAUUUUGAGAUAGAGAAGCAACCUUUGAUCCAUAGAUGGAUUGCAGAAGGGUUCAUUCAUGAGGAAGGAGGGCGAACUAAAUAUGAAAUUGGUGAGGGUUAUUUUAAUGAUCUCAUCAAUAGAAGCAUGAUCCAACCUGUUGAUGUAAAGUACGGUCAGGCAAAGGCAUGCCGAGUUCAUGACAUCAUUCUUGACUAUAUCAAGUGCAAGGCUGCUGAAGAGAAUUUUGUAACUCUAUCCAAUGGUGCAGAGCAUGUAUACACAUCAUCGGAUUACAAGGUUCGUAGGCUUUGCGUCAACAAUCACACCGGAGAAAAUGUUACUAUAUGGGAAGACCCGAAGUUUUCUCACGUCCGAUCAGUCACUAUAUUUGGGCAGCCCGUGAAAACUAGUUUGUUGCCUUCCACUGCUCUUCGUGUGUUGGAUCUUGGAGGUUGCUGGGGCAUACAAGACCAUCACCUUGCAAGUAUUGAUACUUUGUUUCAUCUCAAGUACUUGCGUCUCUCCUCAGGUUCAAUAACUAAGCUGCCAGAGAAAAUAGGAGAACUGCAAUAUCUACAAACCCUGGAUGUACGAGGUACCAGAAUUGAAGAGCUUCCAUCCACUAUCACCAAACUACAACGACUGUCACAUUUAUAUGCUGCCUGGGACAGUAGAUUUCCAGAUGGAGUGAUCGGGCAGAUGCACAGCUUAGAAGAGAUGAGAAAGUAUGGAGUCGAAUCCUACGAACAAGGGAAGUCUCUGCAAGAAUUCAAUAAACUAACCAAGCUGAGGACAUUAAAAAUUGAAUUGAAUUUUGAUUCACUCAAUGGCUCGGAAGGACUACGCCAAGCUCAGGGCUGUCACAGUUAUUUGAGAACCUUAUUAUCUUCAUGCAACCUUUAUAAUCUAUAUAUCACGGAGUCCUCUGUGGACAACAAGUACCCAAUGUCGCUGGAUUCAUGGCGCCCUACUGCUCCCUGUAGCCUCCAGAAGCUCUGCUUAAAAGAAUGCCUCAUCUGUAAGGUGCCAAAUUGGAUGGCAUCGCUUGGGAAUAUCGUGGUGCUAAAACUGCAGUGGAUCCUCUAUUUGAGACCAGAGGAUGUGGAGAUCCUUGGAGCAAUACCCAGUUUACUUUUUCUCAUACUAGUAACUGUCAGUGGCACCAACGGAAGGAUCUCCAUCCAUGGUAGAAACGGAUUCAGAUGUCUGAAAUAUUUAUACCUGGAUAUUUUUUCUUGUGGGACCGCGCUGGAGUUUCAAGUGGGAUCAAUGCCAAAGCUUGAGCAUGUGAAGCUCGCACUCCGUGUGCAUAAGAGCGAGUGCCUGAAUGGUGCUUCUGAUUUGGGCAUCCAGCACCUCUCCGCUCUCAGCAAGGUUGAGGUUGAAAUUCGGGGCAACUGCAUGCGUGCCAGGAACUACAAUCCAACAGAAGAUAAGAAAGAUGACGCUGUCAGAUGGGUUGCAAGCGCCAUUAAUAGUGCCAUCAUGACACAUCCCAACCGUCCCACUAUCAGAUUCGAAACAUGGCGCUGUCACGACUGUGAACGGUUCGAAUGUUGUUUGAGGGAAUGGAAUCAAUGGACGGGGGGUCUAUUGACUGAGUGGCUCAAAAUUUGGCAAAUUGAAGAGGAGCAGGAACAGAUGGAUAGACCGAACAAGAGGAUGACAGAUGACGAGGAGCAGGCUAGUGCAAAGGAAGGAGAGGAUGAAACUGAUAAUAAAGAGGAAGAAGAUACCUGUGAAGAGGAAAGAGAGGAGCAAACUGAUGAAGAGAAGGAACUGGAGCAACGAGAGGGCAACUAGAACCCCGCAAGAGUUUGUUGUGGCCUUGUGGAUGCUACCUGCAUCGGGUCUCGGUGGAAAGAGACCCGAUGGCAAGAGACAUGAUGCUUCCUGUUGGCAUGCUGCACGCUCCAUUGGUGGUUAACUACUUGCACAAUUUAGUGAGAGUCACCGUUCUGUUCAUCUCUCUGGAUUAUUUCUUUCCUUGUGCGUGUGUGCUGUUAGUUUUGAACUUGCAUGUGAAGAUAUUUGGCUGUGUUUUUUUUUUUUGGUAAUUAAGACAUUUAGCUGUUGAGGUGCAUUCUUCAACGGUUCCGCAACAGAGGUUACUUCUAUUUCUGCUCCA